CAGGAAAAAGCAUCAGACAUAGGGACACCCACCACCCACCGGUUACUCACACUACCAUUUUCUUUCUCUCUCUAAAAUAGCUUACCUGCUUCUCUCAUUCUCUCUCUUUGUUCAUACCCGUCUGGAUUUCAAGUUCAACCAAACCCUCUAAAAGCUUUAAUCUCAUAAUUUUCCAACCACAAUCUUGCAACAAUCAUGGCUAUUGUUCUAGUGUGUUUAGUGCUUUUCUUGGCCAUGACUGGUCCUUCAAGUGGUACCUAUUGUGUUUGUAAAGAUGGAUUGAGUGACUCAGUUUAUCAGAAGAACAUAGAUUAUGCUUGUGGAGCUGGAGCUGACUGUAGUGCAAUCAUUCAAAAUGGUGUUUGCUACAACCCCAACACUGUGAAGGAUCACUGUAACUAUGCUGUCAACAGCUACUUUCAGAAGAAGAGUCAAGUUACUGGCAGCUGUGAUUUCUCAGGCACUGCCACCACCACUCAGACCCUCACUAGCUCAACUUCUGGAUGUGUUUAUCCCAGCUCUGCAGGGAGUAGCACAACCCCAACAACUACCACCCCAUCAACAAGCACAACUCCAUCCACAAGCACAACCACACCCUCCUCAAGCACAACCCCAUCCACAACCACAACUACUCCCUCCUCUAUAUUUGGCCUGGGCCCCACAGGAAGUGGCACCAGCAUUACCAACACUGACAGCAAGGCCAGUGUGACCCUCCACCAAAACAAACACUUGUUUUUCUGCUCUUUAGCUCUAAUCCUUUUGUUCUCAGGCCCUAUCUUUUUUAGGCUUUGAAAGAUUAUUGGGGUUGAUGUGAGGGGGGUAUGAUGUGUGGAUGAUAUUCUGCCGUGACAGCUCGAGCAAAGCAUGUGAUAUUCUGUAGAGGUGGGUAGGCAGGGAAUCAUCAUCUGGACACAACCUUCCACAAGGGUUUGUUUUUGUUCUUGUUCUUGUUCUUGUUCUUGUUCUUGUUCUUGUUUUCUUCCUCCUCCUCUAUGUGAAAAAGCUAUGGGAAUUUGAUUCCUUUUUGAGUGCUGAUAUUUGGCUGCUACUAGUACUAAUGGGGUAGAGAACCUGUUCGCUUUCUUUUUAGAUUUUUCCUUUUGUAUAUCUAUAUGAGAGAGGCAGUAUUUUUUUUUUUUUUUAAAUAUUUGAAUGAGAAAUUGCUACCCCAUCUACCUUAUUA